UAUCGUAUCAAUCGGUGUAAAUUUUCUGAUCUUGCGGCGCGAAUGGCCAAAUUCUGCCGGUUCCGCUAGUGGAAAGUGUUUUUGGAAAAGUCACUGAGUUCUCUGGAAAUGAUUGCAAGUGCCAGCGUUUCGAUUUUUGUCGUUUGUUAAUAGUUUAAAGCGCGUGAGUGCGAGUGCAAUUGAAGUGACGAUGGAGGUGCAAACUACGUCGGCGGGCGGCAGCAAAAAGCGCCAGUCCCAACAUCAGGUCGAGGACGAGGUCGAUCCGGGAGCGAAACGGCUGGAAAAAUCACUGUCCGUCAUGACCGUUAAUGUGGUCAACUUGCUAAAGAAGGCCCCCAAAGGCAUUCUGAAUCUUAGCGAGGCCACCAAGGUAUUGAAAGUUCGCCAAAAACGUCGGAUCUACGACGUAACCAACGUACUGGAGGGAAUCGGUUUAAUCGAAAAAUUCGGCAAAAACAGCGUCAAGUGGCGCGGUGACUCUAUUGCUCCGGAUCCCCGCGACGUGGCUCGUCGCACAAGAGUUCUUAAGCAUGAACGAAGCUCACUCCAGGGUUACGAAGAGAUGCUCGAUCGCCAACUGGAACUCAUACGCCAAAGCACCGAAAACACCAAAGCCGAUGAUUCGACCGCCUCGUUCGCGUAUGUUACCAGUGAGGAUCUGACAAACGCAUUCGGUGAUGGUGUCAUCAACGUGGUACUGAAACCUCAUUCCAGUCGCCUUGAACCGCCAGCAGUUAAAGAGAGAAGUGCAAAGACUUUGGGAAUUGUUUCCACCGAAGGUCUACCGCUGGAUGGGAUGCUGCUUCGAGAACCACACGGAAAGUGCUUUACUCGACCGAUUCGUAGAGCGAACAUUUUCCGGAAACAGAAAAGGCGACCGGCAAGACAAACCGAAGACGUUGAACGGGGCAGAAAAAGUGCAAUCAAACAGUGCGAUGCUGAUCUUGAUCGAAUAGAACAGCAAAUCGAUGCAGUAGCAGAACGCGGACAAUUGGAAUGGGAUCAAAGUGCUCAAUCGCUGCACGAGCGCAACGCUUCCAAGUAUAGCAGCUUUCUUCCCAACAGUUCCGUUGUUUCCGCGCAAAACGACGGUGGUGAUGCACCGUUUUUCUCUCUAGAACCGCAUGAAGAGCAUAGUUACCUAGUAGCGCUCACUUCCAAAGACGGUGUACUGGACCUGUUUGACCUUAACGAACCGUCCACCGUUGAGUUAGAAACCAGAGACCAAUCGAUUGAUCAAAAUUUGCAACAAAACAGUAAGUCGAACAAAACUGAAAUCAACCUAACGUGAGUCGGUGCCCUGUAAUUGUUUUAUAACUAUUGUGUAGCCUAAUGCUUCCCUUUUCCAUUCUGGACGUUAGUUCUAAUUGAAAAUCUAUGUAAGAAUAUGUGUAUAUGUUAACAUUCAAAAUUUAGAUUAAAGCACCACGAAGUUUUUAUAGUUUUCUAAAGAUAAUUGCACAACCCCGGGAUUAUAGUC